AUGCCUGUUAAGCUGGUCUACCCGGAGUUUGAGGCCAAGAUGAGCGGCGCGGCGAUGGUACUGCAUAAUCUGUUCGCUAUGUCCGGAUCUCCCCUUGCUCCAAGUCAUCACGUUCUGGUUACGAAGAACUUGACUCCUCUCCCAGUCUCCCUCGACCCACUUACAGUCAUGCAGUCUCCCACCCAGGCCGGAAAUACCAAACUGACAUCUACCUCCGUGGCAAAUAACAUUGACACAACGUCUGGCUCCCAGACAGAGGAUUCCAUUCGGCGAUCUCCACUCGCCACUUUCUUAACGGAGUCGGACCGAUAUGUGCCAAUAUUUGACGGAAUCACAUGCUCGCUGCCAGUGUCGGGUCUCUUAAACCUGAAGCUUGUGAGCAAAGACUUGCAGGAUGUGUACGUCAAAGCCCAGAAAUCGCAGUGGAACGCAGACAAGGCUCUUUUCCACUUCUUCAAAGAUCCGACGGGGUUCCGCGACAAGCUUGGAGAGGUAUCUGGGCUGAUUUCCGGUAUAUUUGUACUUCAAUUCUUGGACCGCGCGCCCAUUGGAAACAUGCUAGACCUGUACGCCACCUACGGCCCUCAAGCUGACGCGUUGGAGAAGUACCUGAUCGAGACGGAAGGCUACUUUGUCAGCGCAGAGGAAACUGCACCAGUUCCGACAAACCCAAACAUAUCGCGAUCACGCAAGGCGCAGACAUUUCGCCGUGCUCGGAACGAAGGGCUUCACAUCUACCUUAGUCACACCAACUCCGCUCCGUUGUUGGACAUUCUUCGGGGCGAUGCGUACAGCACCGCGACGACUGCGAUCAUGACGGCAACAAAGGUCUACGCUCCUUUUGCGAACAUGACGUUCAGAAGCGAUAAGGCCUACAUACUCCGCAAACUCGACGAGAAUGCUCAAACGCACCUGAUAGACAUUGAGCAGACGGGUCGCGAGGUCCUCGAUAUCCGCUUCAAGGAUAAGGGAAUGGCAAAGCAUCGCCACUUGAAUGACUCCAGAUGCUGGGUGAUGAACCUGGAUACGUCUAAGCUCGCGACACCCGCCAUUCCUGAUUACGUCUAUGAUAACACCGAGUUCUUUUUCACCGACAACCACCACCGGCUCUCCCCUGCCGAGAACCGCGACGGCCCGCUUCAUUACAAUUGCCUGCUAAGCCCGCUUAUGCACCCGGGACUCAAGUACCCUUGGCUUGGCUGCUUCGAUGCAGAACAUCGAAAGAAUGCCAUCGUACGUCGGCUCGAUGCAGUGGUUUGGGCGGAAUUAUGGAAGCUUCGAGACCAGGAUCGACCGAUCAAUUGGGCUGAGAUGAUGCGGCGGCCUAUGCUGGUGCGCGAUAUGACUGCCUAUGCGGGAAAGACAUUCGACGAGAAGGUGCCGGAGUGGAUCAAAGAGCUUGAUGAGCUGAAGUCGGAGGGAGAGGACUAG